CAGUUUGUGGGGAAAUCAGAGUGGCUGGGGUUAAAGGUCGACGGGGACAAAGUUCCACGUAAAACCGACUCAAAAACACAGCGAUCCUGCUAACAGUGGCAUGUAAACACAAACGUUGCAGACAAAUUAAAAUCUGUGUUUUUCACUUUAUGUCUGAUUCGGAGUGUAAUGUGGGGAAGUUUGAGGGUCCUGCUUUGUGUUGCCUUUGCCUCCGAAAUGGACUGAUGUAUUGACUGGACAUGUGGGAGGGCAAACAGAAGAGCAAACAUUUACUCCUCUUUCACCAACUGAGCGCGGCGAGCAUUGUCCUGUGUGUGUGUGUGUGUCCUUUGUGCCCUUUGUGUCAUCAUCUUCCUCAGGAAUCCCAGCUGCAGCCAAAGAGGACAAACUCACUCAAUCAUCCGCCAACAGGAGAGAGGAGUCGGGAUUUUCACCAACUCUGAAUAAAAAGGCGAAGCAGUCACCAUGAUGAGCAGCGGAGUGGGGCUGUUUGUCGCGGCUCUGCUGUGUUUCUGCAGCUCCGCGUUUGGGCAGACAGACGUGGACGGCCAGCAAGGCGUUCUGGUUUUCUGCGAUGACCCGUCAGUGCAGAAGGCCGUCACCAGCGCUUUGCACGAGUUCAACAGCAAGCUGACCGUCGGACAGAAGCUGGCUCUGUUCGAGAUCACAGUGGCCAAGAAGACAGAGGACGGAUCCGACUCCAUGUACUACCUGGAGUUUACAAGCAGGAGGAGUGACUGUCCAGCAGGGGGCAGCAAAAACUGGACAGACUGCGACUAUCUUCCCACAGGAGCUCUGGCAGCAAUUUCAUGCAACUCUACAGUCCACAUGAAUGAGAAAGAAACCAUCACCAAAGAGGUUUACUGCAAUAUGGACGACUACAUUUCCUCAGAGAAAGCAAAGUGUUUGGGCUGCCCUGUGGAGAUUGCAGAAAACUCAGAGGACCUUAAAGUUCCUCUUUUAGCAUCUGUGUCCAAGUUUAACUCCGUUUCCAACUCAACUCACCUGUUCACCCUGAACAGAGUCGGCCAUGCCACCAGACAGGUUGUUGCAGGUUUCAGGUACAAGCUGAGAUUCGACAUGAAGAAAACAACGUGUGCAAAGGCUGAGCACAAAGAUCUCAACGACCUGUGUGUCCCAGAUGUGGAGAAUGAGGAGUUUGUAAACUGUAACGCUACGGUGGAUAUGGCACCAUGGAGACUGGAGCAGCCGGGUGUCUUCCUGGGAGAGUGCGAAAACGGAGCCCUACCUUUGUCUCGGCGCCGUCCUCCCGGCUGGUCUCCACUCAGGAACCUGAAACCGCCUCCGUCCCUCUCUUCACCGUCGCAGUCUCCUCCAUCGAUACAAUCCCCCUCCAAGGCUCCAGCCAAAGAGGAAUCAUCCGAGGAGGACACGACGGCCUCCCCCAACGCCAACAAACACCCCUUCCACUGCCCCUCCAGCCCCUGGAAACAGUUCAAGCCGGUCCAACUCGAAGCGCCGUCAGACGCCGCAAAGGCCUCCCAGAAGCCGCCAGUGGAGGGAGAUUUCAGUGAUACUGACCUGCUGUCUUAAUUAUCUCUCAAGAAGCCGCAUUUAUUGUAUGUUCAGAUAAAAAAAAGGUUGUGUCCUCAAUGAAUUAUGUUUAACUUUUUUUUUCUAGACAAGGAUCCAUUGAUGAUUUAAAUCUUUCCAAAACCACCUUCGGGGCUAAAAGCUAACUACUGUUAGCAUACAUACUUUUAUAGUAACACCUGUUUCUCUAUUCUUUGGUUCAAAGUAACCAGAUUUUCUAUUUAAAAGUGUUUUGGAGUAAUAUAAUUCAGGUUUUCUGGAUGUCUUCAGAAACUUUUUUUUUUGCCCAGAAUUUAGGCAGCAUGGUACAGAUAAGCUACAAAAGUGAGCUAGUAUGUUUGUGUCACCUGCGGGGAAAAUAGAAUGUGAUA